AAAAGAAAAGAGAGAAAAAAAAAAGAAAAAGAAAAAAAGCCCGACCCUAUUAUUUUAUUUUAUUUUUCUAAACCCUCUCCACUUCCAAGUCGGUGUUCUUAUUUCCAUUAUUAUUCGUUAUUAUACUUGUUAAAAAAGACGAUCUAUUAUUCGUCAAUCAUACACACGACGUGUGGACGCUCUUCCGCACCACACACACCUCCCUAGAUUACCUUUUGCUCGACACCCACGUAUAACCGUAAUAAAUGUUCACACAGCCUACGCCUCCAUCGCCGGGCUUUUUCCCGGCUCUCACACCUUCCACAACCGCUCCACCGACAUCUCCUUCGUCUCCUGGUAGAGGCAGUAGGCUACGGGGUUUAAUACACCUUCAUCUCCUGUCGCGAGACACGUCCAGCCUCGUCCAUCAUAAUAGGACUGCUCCCCAAGAUCCAUCCACAUCUGCACCUUUAAUCCGACCUACUUCCCCCACUACUACGUCCGCUGCACCUCAUGAGGUCGACUCCGACCCGCUGAACACAGCAAAUCAAAACGACGAUUCCAGUAGGAUCCACCGCCGCCGCGCCAGUAGAUAUUCCGAGGCUGCUUCCGAGGCUUUGUUGAACUCAAGAUCAGAAUCGAACCCUCUAGCUGAAAACCAGGAACAAUCAUCGAACCCAAACAUGACGCGGACACGCUCAGCAACCACAGGCGACGCCUCUCACGACGUGUUACCGACUAUCCGCUUCUCGGCGUUCUACGACUCGCGAUCAAACAGACCAUCCCUUUCCUUCACCCCGAUUUCGCGUACAUUGCCAACAGGCAAGGAAACCAUAAAGGUUGGUCGAUAUUCAGAACGGGAGAAUCACGCCCUCGUGCCUAUCAACACGCCGUCUGCUGCGCCCGUAGGCUUUAAGAGCAAGGUCGUAAGUCGCCGUCAUUGCGAAUUCUGGUUCGAGAAGGGGAAAUGGUACAUCAAAGACGUCAAAAGUUCCUCUGGGACGUUUCUCAAUCAUAUCCGUCUAAGCGCCCCCGGUACCGAAUCCAAACCGUUCCCCAUUAAUGAUGGCGACAUAGUUCAGUUAGGGAUAGACUUCAAGGGCGGAGAGGAGAUGAUUUACCGAUGCGUGAAGAUGCGCAUAGAAUUAAAUCGAGGCUGGCAAUCAAAGCCCAACACCUUCAACAUGGCAACACAUAAGCGUUUAAGGGAUUUGACGUCAACGUCAGCUUCAUCAGCCCAUGCACAGGACUGCUCUAUCUGCUUAAACGCAAUAGCGCCUUGCCAAUCUCUCUUUGUGGCGCCUUGUUCCCAUACCUGGCAUUACAAAUGCAUUCGGGAAAUGCUAAAUGGGCCGUCAUGGCCAAUCUUUAUAUGCCCGAAUUGUCGCGCUACGGCUGACUUGGAUGCCGAGGUGGACGAGCCAUCCGACGAAUGGCAACAGCUAGAUUCGGGUAUAGAUGAUACUCAGGAAGACAAGUCUACACCUCCAGCUUCUCAGCCGAACGAUGAAAUUGUGCCACUGGUACCUUCGCAGACGAACGUCAACGACAACGCGUCGCGGCCGUCUGGCGAGGGCGAGGGCGAGGUGGGUGAUAUGACAAUGCACGUCGAUGCAGUCGCAGCGCAGCCUGCAUUGUCGAGGCAUGCCGUAACAGAGCCGGUUCCAAUACCGAAUGCGACACCAUGCGUGAGUAAUGGCGAUAGGUCCACAACCAAUCGGACACCAUCACCUAACAGCAACCCCCUAGGGACUGGUAACGAGGGCCCAAUCACUCCGCGCAACGACGCCGGCCCGUGGGUGUUUGAUGGCAAUCCAGCACGAGUAAGCCAAGAAAGCACCCGGCGAAAUGGUAUGACCAGCCUAGAUGCUGCAGCACAAACCCAAGCGGACAGAUUAUAGAAAAGCCGUCGACUUUUGUAGAGCUUCACUUUAUCUUUCGCCUAAAGUGAAGACAUCAGCCCUUUAGGUGCAGGGAGAAGAUGGGGAGAAGGACCCCGUACAUCAAUGCUACAUUGCGCAUACGACCUAUCUGAUUUCAGCAUGUCGAAGUGGCUACGACGAUACGGCUUUUACCUAUGUUGGAUCCUUGUCAACCAUUCCAAGUAUGGAAAGGGAUAACGCAAGAGUGAGAUCUAGACGAUAUCGAUUCGUUCGAAUUCAGGGGAACUAUAUUUUUUUAUCAUAUAUCUAUUUACUCCCUAUCGAAGGAAAGAUCAAGCUCGGGUUCAGAGCCUGGUGGUAGCUGACCAGACCGAGUCUAUUACCAAUCUCUCUAA